UUCUGAAGAGUCUCUGGUUCUGUCUGCACUCUGAGCCUAGGGUCUGUGGCCACCAUGAAGACUCACUGCUUUCUGCUACUGAUGUUCUGCUUCCUCUUCUUCCAGAUUGCUCCAGGUGCUGGUCUCACAAGUCUGGGACACAGAUCAGAUCACUACCUCUGCGUCAAGAAUGGAGGAUUCUGUCUCUAUUCCAGUUGUCCUCUGCACACCAAAGUUGAGGGCACCUGUUACCAGGGGAAGGGCAACUGCUGUAAAUGAGUGAGAGUGACUGGGAGAAUAAACACA